AUGGACGCUGAGUUACAGGCUCUUCGAGAGGCAAGAUUAGCUCAGCUUAAAAGCAGUGCCGGACAGAACGCCAGCGGCUCAGAUGCAGGUGCAGGCGCAGGAGGCCCCAAUGGUGGGAAUCCUGGAGCCGAUGCGAGUGCCGGGACUGUGAACCCUGCUCUGGUUCGUUUCUUACAACCGCAGGCGUUGGAGAGGCUGUCGCGUGUCUCGUUGGUGAGGCCCGACAGGGUCAAGUCUGUGGAGUUGUAUUUACAGCAGCUAAUCUCUACUGGGCAGCUGAAUUAUAAGAUUAAUGAGAACGAAAUUGUUCAAAUCUUGAAUGGUAUUGCCAGACAGGAGAACAAACGGAAUGAUCAAAAAAUCAUAUUUGAGAGGAAGGACAUGGAUUUGAAGGAACUCGAGGGAGAUAACCACAAAGAAGACGACUCUGAGGACGACUUUUUCGACGAAUGA